GCCAUGUUUGAGGGGAUUCUUGUGGAUAUACCAUUUGCAACGUUCUUUCUGAGCAAACUAAAACAAAAGUACAACUAUUUAAAUGAUUUGCCUUCAUUGGACCAAGAAUUGUACCGCCACCUUAUUUUCUUGAAGCAUUAUAAAGGUGAUAUAUCGGAAUUAGAACUGUACUUUGUCAUCGUAAACAAUGAAUAUGGAGAGCAAACAGAAGAAGAGCUGCUUCCCGGGGGAAAGAACCAACGUGUCACUAAUGAGAAUGUCAUUACCUUUAUUCAUCUUGUUGCCAAUCACCGUUUGAAUUUUCAGAUACGUCAACAAAGUUCGCAUUUCUUAAGGGGGUUUCAGCAGCUUAUACAGAAAGAUUGGAUUGAUAUGUUUAAUGAGCAUGAACUUCAGGUAUAUUAGUCUACCUCUAGGCCGUGUUGAUUACACUUUGUUUACAUAGUAUCACAUGACUAUACUCUCUUCUUGCUUGCCUGUUGAUAUCAGAUCAAUAAACUAAAAAAAUCUUAGUCAUUCUCAUCCAUUUUUAUAUGUGUCUGUGAUGUUAUUUUGGAUUUAAGAGUUUCCAGUGAUGCUACAAAUUAUUACUGAGAGCUACAGUAUACUGUGAAGACAUGUAUCACGUAUGUCAGUCUUUGCCAUGCUGUCUCCGCAUUGGAGCAUUAAGAUUGUUCUUCUUAAAGAAAAAACAAAAAAUCUUCUGGUAGGCAUUAUGGAGUACAAGAGGUCAUGACAAUGAUAUAUAUUGCAUGUGCAUGCGUUGUAUACUCAGCACAAGCUAGAGUUUCUCAUAGGUGGAACCUGGUGUCAGAUCAAUAUUGUUCCAUUUUGUGUCGAAGUUGCCUACAAACUGAGUUUUAAUUUUUGAUCUAUUCCAUAGUUACAAUCUGAUGAAAAUUAUAUUAGGAAGGAAAAGGCUGUAUCAGUAAUGGAUUGUUUGAUGCAGUUGAGUAUCUUGGUAGGUAAUGUUUAUCAGGAAUCCAUCAUCUGAUGCAGUAGGCUGUCUUUGAUUGUAAUUUUUAUGGUCACUGUGAAAGGUAGAGUUUUCAUUUGUGGUUCCUCGCCGCUAGCUCUGAUGGCCUAGAUGUAAAAUAUAUUUUAUUUAACAUUUCUCUGAACAGUUAUCCUUUAAACCGAUGUUGGAACCAGGGAUGAAUGCAGCUAAUGGGCUGUAUGGGCUAUAGCCCAUGCCAAAAAAAAUUUGAUUUUUAAAUGCGAUG